AGUUAGAUUUUGACACGCGCAGCGACAACGAGCCCCAACAACGCGUCUCUCUCUCUCGCUUCAUUCGUUCACAUACAGUUCAGAGGCGCCACAGCGAGGGCCCAAACCUCAAAGCUAACUGAAAAAUAAAGAAUACUUACAAAAUGUGUGAAAUAUUUAAACAAAUGGAACUCAGCUGCCGUGUGAAUGUCACCUAAACGGAAGAUUCAAGUUCAAUAAAGAAAUCUUAAGAAAUUAAAAAUAAAGAACUAUGUAAAUAUUUAAAUUGUGGACUGAACAAAUUUUUAGUGCAAAGGUGUUUUGUUUUUUUUUUUUUUUUUUUUGUUCCUUGCAUUUCGUAAUUAAAUUAAAAAAUAUAUAAAAAAUAUUUAACAACAAUCUGGAAGUGGAUUAUCUAAUAAAUACGAAAAUGGACGACGAAAGCGAUGAUAAGGAUGACACGAAAAGUCUUCUUUGCAGAAAGUCCCGCAAUUUGAGCGAGAAGAAGCGCCGGGAUCAGUUCAAUUCGCUGGUGAACGAUUUGAGUGCAUUGAUAACCACAUCGAAUCGCAAAAUGGACAAAUCCACAGUGCUCAAAUCCACAAUAGCAUUCCUAAAGAAUCACAAUGAGGCAACGGACAGAUCGAAGGUCUUUGAGAUCCAGCCGGAAUGGAAGCCCACGUUUCUCACAAAUGACGAAUUCACGCACCUCAUGCUGGAGUCUCUGGAUGGCUUCAUGAUGGUGUUUAGCAGCAUGGGCUCCAUAUUCUAUGCGUCGGAGAGCAUUACCUCGCAGCUGGGCUACUUGCCGCAUGACCUGUACAACAUGAGCAUCUAUGAUCUGGCUUACGAAAUGGAUCACGAGGCCUUGCUGAACAUCUUCUUGAAUCCCACGCCCGUCAUCGAGCCCCGCCAGACGGACAUCAGCGCCAGCAACCAGAUUACCUUCUACACGCAUCUGAAGCGCGGCGGCCUGGAGAAAGUCGAUGCCAACUCCUAUGAGCUGGUGAAAUUCGUGGGCUACUUUCGCAACGACACCAGCGCCCACUCGGACAGCCCGAGCAACAGCAGUCAGCUGACGUUGCCGCGCAUCUUUCAGCAGCAUCCGGGCGUUGAGCUGGACAGGAAGCUGGUCUUUGUGGGCACGGGACGCAUACAGACGCCGCAGCUGAUACGCGAGAUGAGCAUCAUCGAUCCCACCAGCAACGAGUUCACCUCGAAGCACAGCAUGGAGUGGAAGUUCCUCUUCCUCGACCAUCGGGCGCCGCCCAUUAUCGGGUACAUGCCCUUCGAGGUGCUGGGCACCUCGGGCUAUGACUACUACCACUUCGACGACCUGGACAGCAUUGUGGCCUGCCACGAAGAGUUGCGCCAGACGGGCGAGGGCAAGUCCUGCUACUACCGCUUCCUGACCAAGGGCCAGCAGUGGAUUUGGCUGCAGACGGACUACUACGUGAGCUACCACCAGUACAACUCGAAGCCGGACUACGUGGUGUGCACGCACAAGGUGGUCAGCCAUGCGGAGGUCAUCAAGCAGAGCCACAAGGACCGACAGAAGCCCACCAAGCCCCUCAACUCCUCCAGCAGCAGCAAGUGCGCCUCGGCGACGACCACGCUGCGCGACUUUGAGCUGGGCAACCAGAACCUGGACAGCGCGCUGCUCGGCAAUACGCUGGCCAGCCUGAGCAACGAGGUGGCCGCCGCCACGUCGCCCACUGUCGACUCGUCGCCCAUGUGGUCGACGGGCGCGGCUCCUGCUGCCAGCACCUGCCAGCUGAACUCGGUGAAGACGUCGCGGCCCGCUUCCAGCUACGGCAACAUCAGCUCCACGGGCAUCUCGCCGAAAGCCAAGCGCAAGUGCUACUUCUACAACAGAGGCAACGAGUCCGACUCCACCUCCAUGUCCGCAGAUUCUGUGAUCAGUCGCCAGUCGCUGAUGACGCAUGUCAGCUCGCAAAGUCAGCGGCAUCGUUCGCAUCAUCAGCAGCAACGGCAGCAGCAGCAGCAGCAACAACAGCAGCAUCAGCAACAGCAUCCGCAGCAGCAGCAGCAACAACAGCAGCAGCAGCAGCAGCAGCAGCAAAACUCACACUCUCAGCAGCAGCAGCAGCAACAGUUGCAGCAUCAACAGCUCACCCAGCACCAUCUGCACCAGCAACAGUUGCAGCUGCAGCAGGGCACUGCUGCGCCCAAAAUCCUGCCCAUGCCGUUGGCAACCACCCAGAUUGUCACGAGCAACGCCUGCCAGUUUCCACAGUCCAGCUAUCCGCUGACCAGUCCCCAGCUGGUGGCGCCCAGCUUCUUGGAGCCACCGCAGUACCUCGCAGCCAUACCCAUGCAGCCGGUGAUGGCGCCGUUUCCUGUGGCGCCAGUCCUGUCGCCGUUGCCCAUGCAGACGCAGUCGGAGCUGCUGCCGGGCGCCGUUGUCAUGACCUCCACGCAGAGCCAGCUGCAGGAUCAGCUGCAGCGCAAGCACGACGAGCUGCAGAAGCUGAUCAUGCAGCAGCAGAACGAGCUGCGCAUUGUCUCCGAGCAACUGUUGCUGGCGCGCUACACCUAUCUGCAGCCCAUGAUGCCCAUGGGCUUCGCUGCCAGCAACAUGGCCGUUGCUGCUGCCGCCGUCGAGGGCAACUCAGCCGGCAACCAUGUGCAGCGCAACUUCAACUUCAGCGGCAGCAAUGCUGUGGAGCCUCAGUUCAAUCAGUAUGGCUUCGCUUUGAACUCGGAGCAGAUGCUCAAUCAGCAGGACCAGCAGAUGAUGAUGCAGCAGCAGCAGAAUCUGCACAAUCAGCAGCAGCACAAUCACAGCCUGCAGCAGCAGCAGCCGCAGCAGAGUCAGCAACAGCUGCAGCUGCAACAGAGCCAGACUCAACAGCAACAGCAGCAGCAGCAGCAACAGUUGCAGCUGCAACAGCACAGCCAGAGCAACAUAUUGUCGCGGGAGGAUAUUGAGGACAUCGAUGCCUUCCUCAAUCUGUCGCCGCUGCAGUCGCUGAAUCAGCUCAACAACAGCAAUGCCAACAGCAAUGCCAACGCCAGCGGCAACAACAACAAUGCCAACAAUGCCAGCAAUAGCAACAGCAACAGCAACAACAAUGGCAACAGCAACAACAGCAACUCCAACACUAACAACAACAACAACAACAACUCGAAUGCUCCAGAGAACACAAAUGAAGACUCGCUGCUCUCCUACAUGCAAAUGGCCACCGAGUCGGGCGCCUCGCUCAACUUUCACAUGGGCAUCAGCGACGACGGCUCCGAGACGCACAGCGAGGACAAUAAGUUGAUGCGCAGCACCAGCAGCAAUCAGCAGCAGCAACAGCAGCAACAGCAACAGCAGCAGCAGCAACUGUUGCAGCCGCAACCUGUAGUGGCGCAGCAACUGUUGCAGACGCAACAGCAGCAGCAACAACAACAAAGCAACUUCUUUGCUGCAAAUCCCUUUGGCAGCUCGACCCAGAGUCAGCUGGCAAACGAUCUGGAGAUCCUGCCAUAUCCAAUCGGGCAGGAGGAAACACAAAGUCUGUUCAGCUCCCCCCACACUGCGAACAGUAGUCAAUAGUGCAAGUGGGCGUGGCCUGGCUGAGCUGACCAACCGAAAUUCCUUAAAACUUAGCCAUAGACAAAGACAUAAAUAUAUAUAAAUAUAUAUAGAUAGAUAUAGCUAGCAUAUAUAUGAUAUAUAGAUAUUUAGUUAUUUAGGCAGCUGUAUUAUAUAAAUCGUCUCUAAGUCCUACGGCACACGGCUCUCUCUUUAGCGUACAUAGACAAUAGCCACAACUAGUUGUAGAUCUCAACAGACUGAGUAUUGCGCUAAUCCUUAAUUCACUCUAAAUCUAUAUACAUCUAAAUAUUGAUUAUAUUCUAUAUAUAAGCUUUAUAUUAUUCGUACUGUAGGCUCAAGUUCUCAAAAGUUGAGUUUUAGCUUUAGUUUAGUGAAAGAUCGUUAUAGAUAAAAAAUAAAAAAAACAAAGCAGCCCAACGUUUGCAAUUAAACCAGUAAGUGCCAAUGCCGCACACAAGGGAUCUCUCAGAAUUACAUACACACACACACACACACAUACAUUUCCAUGUACAUAUAGUCAAAAGCAAGUAAAACAAAAGAAAACUUACAAAUACCAUAUCAUUCCGUUAUACAUAUAUACAUCUGGAAUAUACAUACAUACAUGUGUAUAUAUAUGUAUAUAUAUAUAUUAUUUUUAAAGACUGCGUCUCGUUUUAAGCUAACGAUAUACAUAUCUAGUUGAUAAGUCGAAAACUCAGGUUGAGAUUGCAACUGAAUUAUUUGCUGUGAACAUAUUCAAAUAUUAAACAAAAAAACAAAAACAAAAUACAUUAUUUUUUGUUCUUAUUAUUUGAUAACUCGAAGUUCUGUUAUAUACAUAUAUAGAAUCUAUAGAUAAACAGAGCUGUAACUGUAUUAAAAUCUGUUUCAGUUAUGAUUUUUUUCUUACUUUGUAUUGGAUAUAUCAAUGUAUAACCUAUUCACAUUCCCAUUCUAUGAAAGCUGAUAAAGAGCCAAAUGCAAAGAGCUUAAAUCAUAAAUAAAUAUAUUUAUAUAGCAUAUAUGUAUAUUUACAUACAUCCAUAUGAAUUGGCUUUCAAUUAGUUGUAAUUACUACCUGUACAUGCCUAUACAAACUAGUUAAAAAUCCCCCUAAGCCUGUAAAAAAUUGUAUUCCAUAAUUCUUGAAGAUAUGUGUAGAUAAUUCUAUAUAAACUAUAUGUAUAUAGUAUAGAUCAAUAAUUCAAACACACGUGUUGUAAUAAACAAGAGGUGAAAAAGAAGAGUA